AUGAGAAUGAUAGAGAUGCGGGCUUUUUACCAAUGACAGCCAAUCUCUUGUCACGUUUGUGAUACGUUUUUGUAGCACAAGUUACAUCCGGCUGAAGACUUUAGGUGUUUACGUGGUAGCUGUUGGUUGUUGGUGUUCAGGAUGUUCAGGUCGCUUCGGUUGCUGCUGCAGGUGCUAUGGGCCCAGCUGCUCUGUAAGUGGGUACUGGGCUCCGAGCUAACCUUCGAGCUUCCUGACAACGCCAAACAGUGUUUCUACGAGGACAUCAUCGUCGGCACCAAGUGUACGCUGGAGUUUCAGGUUGUAACCGGUGGCCACUACGAUGUAGACUGCCGCCUGGAGGACCCAGACAGCACUACACUCUACAAGGAGACGAAAAAGCAAUAUGACAGUUUUACCUUCACAGCGGCCAAGAAUGGCACACACAAGUUCUGCUUCAGCAACGAGUUCUCCACCUUCACACACAAGACCGUUUACUUUGAUUUCCAAGUCGGCGAUGACCCUCCCCUCUUCCCCAAUGAGAACAGAGUCACCGCUCUCACUCAGAUGGAAUCAGCCUGCGUGUCUAUCCACGAGGCCCUGAAGUCCGUCAUAGACUACCAGACGCACUUCCGCCUCCGUGAGGCCCAGGGACGCAGUCGGGCUGAGGACCUAAACACCCGCGUUGCCUUCUGGUCCAUUGGUGAGGCCAUUAUCCUGCUUGUGGUCAGCAUCAGCCAGGUGGUCCUGCUUAGAAGUUUCUUCUCCGACAAGAAGACCACCAUGACACGAGUUGGAUCGUAACAGCCUUUGAGCUGCAGGAUCUGGUUCGGUUCAUCACCUUAUUUUGUUUGUACAUGAAAGGGUGUCUAUAGCAUGAAGUGAAAAAGAGCAGCAGUGCUGAUGUGAAGGUUUAAUCAUAUCAAAUAAUCUGAUAUUACCUCCUAGGUUCGCACUGCAGUUCUUAGACAUUUUAUGUAAAUAAGUCUUGUUGGGGCGGGGGGAAAUGUGUUGAGGAAAAUUGCUUAAUGGUGUGGUUAUUUAAAACAGGUCAAGCUGGUCCUGUGGUUGUUUAGUUCUUUUUUUUAUUUGUGUUUUGGUUGUCCUCCGUCUUUUACCCUUCCUGUCCGCUGCAUUUUCAGGGUGCACAUUGUAGAAAGCAAAAUGGUAGACGUUUCAUCAAAUCUACCCAUGUUAGGAUUUUAUGGAUGUUUCUCCAUAUCUGUAUCUCUGAAAUCACACUCAAUGCAAAGGGGUACUUUCCACAAAGGUUUUAUUUUGUUAAAGAAAAAUCUUUUGAAAUUCAACACAUGUUGUAUUAAAUGAGAUCAAGAACAUUAUUGGUUGGGUUUUUGUUAGCUUUUUAUUUUAAAUACGUUAUUUGAGUGGAUUAGGCCAUUUGUCACAUCUAAGUAACCAAAUAGUAAAACAUAAUUCAUUGGUACAGCUGUUUGAUUUUCAUUUCAAGUUACUUCAUGUUCCAACAGGAAAGCAGUUACUUGAUUUAUUACAAAGGCAAAAUUAAAGAGUUGUUUUAUCUGAAUUGUGCAUUUUGUGUGUAGAGGUGGUAAAGCCAACAGUUUUAACUACUCAAGCUUCUGCAAUAUUUGUUUUCCUUAUUUUCUUUUUUUUUUUGUUAUUUAGUGGUUUAUGUAGUCCUGCCGUUCCGGUUUUAAAGUGUAACAGCAUAUUUAUCCUGUAGCCUGAUGGUGUUGUUUUAGUUGUAUACAACAGUGUUGUACGUGUUUAAAAAGUGUAAUUUCAACAAAAUAUUUUCAUUACUACUGGGUUAAAAUUGUAAUUAGAUUAAUUCUCCUGCUGUUUGAUUGGAUCGUUUACAAAAUAAUCAGUAAUAAAUGGACACAGUCAUUCAAUAUUUUCAGUUUCAAUGUAAUUUUGACUUCAGAUUAAUUAAACAUGUUGAUCCAGGUUAAAUUGCUCUGAUUUGUUUUUUUGUAUAUUUCUAUAUUUUUCUUUUGUAAAUUCAGACACAUCACUGAGACAUAAAAUUUGGGUGAAUCAUCAGCGUCUUUACUACAUAUAACAUACACUGAUGUAUCUGAGAUCAGCUAUAAGAUCUCACAGCUAAAUUUUGGUAGUUAUAAAUUCAAUUGAUUAUUUACCAUCCUGCUUUUCCAACUUUUUUUUAUUCCUCAGCUUUUCUAUUUGUGUUAAUCAGACAGAACAGAUAAGUGAUUGACAACAUUGAAUGGUUUAUUGCAAUAUAUAAAAUAUAUGGUUUUGUUUUGGUUUUUGCAUCUUUUACAGUUACCUUGUUUUAAAUCUUGAUGUGUGGUGCAAUGUUGGUAUUUUUUUUUUAACCUUGUGCACUGAUGGGUCACUAUAUCUGUGCCGUUUUUGAGUUGCUGGGAUGCUUCAAUAAAUUUCUGGUUGAGAUGUA